GCUAGCGAGCAGUAGCCAUUAGCUCAGGCAGGUGUUUGUAUAUGCUCAAACCUGGUAUAUGACACUUUAGCACAGAGUGAACCCAAUGUUUUCAUAUCCUCCAGCUUUUAUACGAGUCCAUAGUGAAGUGAAGUGAGACUCGGGCCUUUCUCCAAACAUCUUGCAGACCUCUGGUGCAUGCAAAUGACCCCCGGCCACUGGGUGCAGAGCUCUCUGACUCACCACCGCAUGAGCUGUGGAUCCAAACCCAGAAUUAUUCAAGCCAGAAAGUGACCAUAUGGUCCUAGUUUGCCAAAGUGUGAUAGUGUGAUUUCGCACCUUCGCACCGUGGCGCAUGGAGACACUUGGGGACGCGUCAAAGCGCAAUUUGGCACGGGCUGCCGGUGUCCGGAUAAAUAGGAGGUUCCUGCCUUCAGCCUCACAUCCUCAGAGGACUUUACUCGGAGCGGAUCAGCGCAAGACCAUGGAGACUUACAGCAGCAACAGUGGAUUACCUUCUGCUUUUAAUGGAGCCAACGCUACCCAGCAGUCCAACAUGUGGAGACCCUGGACUGGAAACGAGCGCCAACAAGCGCAACAAACGAUUCACUCAAUGAAUGAGGACGUUUCUGACGCACAGCAUCCCAAACCUCCUCAAGUCGUCCACCCUGUCAAGUUGUACUGGCCGAAAUCGAGGUGCUUCGAUUAUCUGUACCAGGAUGCAGUCAUGCUCCUCCGGAACUAUCCGGUCCAAGCGACCAUCUGUCCCUACGGAGACUCCAGCAGCGACGAAGACAGCGACGAUGAAGAGGAGGAGGUGGAAAAGGAGCUGAACUAGACGUCACUCUUUUAAACCUCUGAAGACAAAAAAAAAACUAAAUAAAAAAUCAUAAUGUGAUAAUAUAUAGACAUAAUUUAAUUUAUUCAUGUAAAUACCUGUAAAUAGAUCUCCUAUUUCUUUUUAGAAAAAGGAAAUGCUUAAGUUAUUCAUCUAACAUUUCUACCUCUUUUGUAUUUUGCUGAGCUUUGCAAUAAAAAGC